AAGGGGCGGAGCUGAGUGAAGGUCCAAGGGGCCCUGAACCUUGCAGGUGUGGUCGCAGCUCUGCUGAUCCAAGCCGCGCCACGCCGGGAAACCAGGAUGGAGAGUAGGUGCUACGGCUGCGCUGUCAAGUUCACCUUUUUCAAGAAGGAGAAUGGCUGUAAGAACUGUGGCCGGGCCUACUGUUCUGGCUGCCUUAGCUUCAGUGCAGUGGUGCCCCGGGCUGGGAACAGCCAACAGAAAGUCUGCAAACAAUGCCAUGAGGUCCUAGCCAGAGGAUCUUCUCCUGCCAAUGCCUCCAAGUGGUCACCACCUCAGAACUAUAAGAAGCGCGUGGCAGCCUUGGAAGCCAAGCAGAAGCCCGACGCUCCCCAGAGGCAGGGACUGACCAAGCAAGACCAACUCAUCGCUGAGCGCCUAGCACGGCUCCGCCAGGAAAAGAAACCCAAGUCAGUGCCCUCACAGGCAGAGAUAGAAGCCAGGCUGGCUGCGCUCAGAGAUGAACCCCAGGGUUCCAUCCCUUCCACCCGGGAGAUGGAGGCACGGCUUGCUGCACUGCAAGGCAGAGUUCCACCUUCUCGGACCUCCCAGCCGGUGCAUCAAACACCAGAUACCAGGACCCAGGCCCAGCAAGCACAGGAUCUGCUGACACGGCUGACCGCAGAGGUGGCUAUUGAUGAGAGCUGGGAGCGAGGAGGCCAAGGUACAUCCAUCCAGAAUGACCUCAACCAGGGCGGACCAGGGGGCCAGAGCACUGAUUCCAAGGGGCAGGCCACCUGCUCCCUGGAUGGGGAGAAGAGCAGGCUGCUGGCAGAAGCAGCAGCCAAGCUGCAGGAGGAGAACUCGAGGCAGGAGCAGAUUCUGGCCCUUGCCAAACGCCUGGCUGUGCUGCAAGGACAGGACCCUGACAGAGUGACCCUCCAAGACUAUCAUCUCCCAGACAGUGAUGACAGUGAGGAUGAGGAGAAAACUAUCCAGAGAGUCCUGCAACAGCUCACUGAAGAAGCUGCCCUGGACGAGGCAAGCGGCUUUAACAUCCCUGCAGAGCCAGUUCUCCAAGCCCAGGCCAAGGCCUGCAGGGCAGAGCCUGAGGUACCUUCCCCCAUUCCCCUCUGCUCCCCAAAGGCACAGGCCACGGCCCCCAGGCCUGCAGCUGAGGAAGAAGAGCUCCCCUGGUGCUGCAUCUGCAAUGAAGACGCCACCCUGCGCUGCGCUGGCUGCGAUGGAGACCUCUACUGUGUCCGCUGCUUCCGGGAAGGCCAUGAUGCCUUUGAACUUAAAGAGCACCAGACAUCUGCUUACCGCCCCCCACAUGCAGGCCAAGUGCACUGAGGAAACCCUGGUCCUCCAGGAAAGGCAGUCACACAGGCUGUGACAGCCACUUCUGGGCCCAGCCUCAGGGUGUCUGCUGGGAGAGCAUGUCGGGCUAGGCUGCUCAGGGGUACACCCUGUCCUGAGGCUCGGUGUCCCUGGAAAGAGGAAAGACUUUCCAUCAGAGAUGCUGAAUGGAGGAGCCAGAGGGAGGCAGACGGCCGGAGCCCUCUACCAGCAGAGCUCGGACUGGAAAGACCAAACUGAAUCUGAGGAUGAGCCUUGAAACCUGCUCAAGUGCCCUAGCACUUAGUGUAUCAAAUAAAGUGUGUUCGCUCCUUGGACUCAGCAUCUUUUAUCUCUAGAAUCCUGUGGACCCUGAGUCUGGGCCCUUAGGGGGUAAAGGCAGAGUAGGCUCUAAGUCCAGUCCUGUGGAGAGACGGAAAGGACUCUGCCCUCAAGUAAGAUUCUCCAGCCUGGAACAGUAACCCCCUCUCGGAGGCCUCGUGGGCAGUAGGUGUGAAUAUUCGUUCAUCUGAGCUGAACUGUGCAUCCUGCUCUGGGCAGCCCAGCUUGGCCCUUAGUCGCCCCCACAUUGGGCUGUCGGCCUCUAGCACGCAGACCCCGCAGACCCCAGACGCACAAACAAUGGAUACAGACCCUGCUUUCUGCCCUCCUCCCGAAGGGCACUGCCUCCCAGGGCUCCUGUCCCAGCCUGCCGCUGUGCUGACUCAGUGUCUGUUUCCAGCAACUCCUUCCUGAC